AUGGCGUCCGCGGAGGCUGUGUCGCUGCGGGGCUCGGACAUCACGGACCCCGCGCUGCUGUUCGAGCGCUACGGCACCGAUGACAUCCGCCUGGUGGAGAGGACCGUCCGGGGGGACAUCGAGCACAAGAAGGAGGAGCUCCGGCAGAUGGUGGGAGAGCGCUACAGGGACCUGAUCGAAGCCGCAGACACCAUCGGGGACAUGAGACACAGCUCCGAGAGUCUCCUGGAGGCGGUGCGGGCCGUGUGGAGGUACUGCGAGGGGCUGAAGGGCAGCGGCCGCCUGCCAGCCCGGACGGCCGGCUCUCAGUGGCAGCAGCCCUUCUUCAGCCUGGCCGCACAGAUCUCUCUGCUCCUGGACAUCCCCGAGCGUGUGUGGAGUGCUCUGGAGGCGGCUCAGUACCUGCGGGCCACACAGCUCUACCUGCUGAGCUCGCACUUGCACAGCCAGCUUCAGCUGCAUGGAGACCGCUACAGCCCUGUGCUCACACGCUUUCCCAUCCUGGUGCGCCAGCUGGCCACUACGGCACACUUCAGGUCCAGUAUCCUGGUGGACAGUCGCUCGGUGCUCAGGGGCCGGGCUGUGUCUGACCAGGCCAUAGCUGAGGCUCUGGUGUCCAGCAUGCUCCUGGAGGGCAGCUCCCCACGACAGGCCCUCUCCUACUUCCUGCUGGCUCGCAAGGGCUCCAUCCAGCAGCUGCUCACCCACCCCCAGCACGGCGCAGGGAUCAAGGGUCAGGUGUGUAGCCUGGUGGAGCUGCUGGUCACCACUCUGUUCCAGGCCUACGCUGUGUUCUACCUGCCUCCAGAGGGCAGCCCCAAGCCGCCUGAAGGAGCCCUGAGCUGUGGCCUGCUCUUCUCCACCAUCCAGAGCGUCACCACGGCUCCCGGACCAGGUGAAGCCCGGAGCGUCUUGCAGGACCACAGCAGCACCGGAGGAUGGUCCAAGCACCUGCCCCCGUCCACCCUCCACUUCCAGCCCUCCCUCAAGACACUCGCCCAGCCCAUCCAGUGCAGCCACCUCCGGGACGCUCUGCAGCAGUGGAUCCACACCUGUCAGGAGGACAUGGCGGUGGGCGUGGCCUCUCUGCUGGUCUAUGUGAAGAGCCUGAAGGGCCUGGCUGCGAUCCGAGACGCUGUGCUGGAGCUGCUGUGCACCGAGGCCAUCAGUCAGCACUGGGACACUGUGUGUGAGAGUCUGCUAGAGCGCCGCCUGCUGGUCUGGGACCACUUCCUGGAGCAGCUCUUUCUCCACCGCCUUCAGGCUAUCACUAAAGAAGAGACUGAAAGGAUCUCGAACAGCUGUGUGACUCUGCUCAGCUCUACUCUGAGUGACCUGGAGGGCUCCUCUGCGGCCCCUGGGGCUCAGAUGGAAGCAGACGUGGCUUCUUUCCUCUGGUCGGAGAGUGCGGGGGACCUCCACUCUGACGCCGGCUGGGUGAGUGUGGCCCAGAGAGGACCGCAGCAGCGCAGUGGUCUGGCCAUGAAGACCCAGGCCCUCACCCCCUGUGUGCAGAGCGUGUGCUCCACCCUGGACACUCAGCUCAGAGCCAGACUGGACGAUCUGCAGCACUACCUGGAUCCUCAGGAGUCUGAGUCCGGGUCGCGUCCGUUGGGGGUCCAGAAGGAGGCGUGUCCAGCUGAGGAGGCGCUGCGACAAGGCAGUGUGGCGUGUGUGCGUCACCUCCUGCACUUCAUCCACACUCAGCUCUCCCCUCUCUCCCAGGAGGCGCGCCCACACCAGCUCACUCCGGUCCUGUUCUUGGCUCGUCUUUGCCAGUCCGUAGCAGAGCUUUGUCCCUCUCUGAAGCAGUGCAUUCUGGGUAAAGAAGCUGAGUCAAAGCCCACCCCCAAAGGCCCCCCUCGACAAAGCAAAGUGCCCCGGGGCCGACAGGCGGAGGCCAGUCCUGCUCAGGCUCAAUGGGUUCUGGUCAAAGAAGAACUCCUCCAGUGCAGCCUCGAGGCCUACGGCAUCUGGAGCCGGGACCUGUCCCAGGUUCUACUGCACAGUUUUGGCUCCUCUCUCCAGUCUCAGUCCGCAGGCUCGGUGCUGACCUGCGCCACCUGCUGGGAGGACCUGGAAAUACAAGAGGAGACUGAGUCAGGCCGCAGCAUCACAUCCACCAUCCGCCUGCCUGCCCAGCCCUCGUGGUUCGUACAGAGCCUGUUGUUCCAGUUGUGUGUGGAGGUGAACAGAGUGGGGGGUCAGGCUCUGCCUCGGACCACGCUGCAGGAGCUGCUCCAGACCUGCCUGAGCGAGGUGCUGCGGUGCUACUCCCAGAUGAGGAAAGACACGCAAUCUACGGACGGGGGACAGGAGGGGGCCUGUCCCAUGAGCCAGAACAGGGCCUUACAGCUUCUGUUUGACCUGCGCUACCUCUGCUGCACACUGGGGGGCAGAGUGGAGGAGGCCCGGAACCCAACGCUUCACACCGAGCCCAGGAUCCAGGAGGCGUGUGAUUGGCUGGAGCACUACAUCGACCCGUUCGACCUGGAUGUGUUUACUCCACACAUGAGCGCGAACCUGAGCCGCCUUUCCCAGAGGACCUCGGUGCUGCUGGGGCUCCUCACGGGUCUGGAGAAGCAGUACUCGUCCCGGAGCCCAGUCCAGUCCCAGGAGGCCUCCAACAUUCUUCCCCUGAGCAGCUCUAACAUCAGGUUUGGCCUGCUGCCCCUGAGCUCCUACAGCAGCCGGCAGAGUAAGACCAGAGCCCACGUCAGCCACACCCUGGCCCUGCAGACCCCCGCCGCAGUGAGCCAGGACCCCUACAGAGCGGGAAGUCUGUUCAAACAGCUGACCCAGCAGGACGACGACACGGCCCCCUCCUCGCUCUUUCGACUGGGCUGGCUCUCAGGGAUGACCAAAUAA